CUCCUCUCAAAGCACGGAAUCAUUGAGUUAGAAUUCCACAACCAGUUGAAGUUUGGCUGCUGUUGCCUUCAGCAGGCUGGUCUUCAGAAUCCCCCCUGACAGAGGUGCGGACCAGAUUGGAUUCCUAUUGCAGCCGGAGACUCCUGCCCCGCCUUCACUGAGGGAUUUCUUUGCUAGGCAUUGUUCCUAUCAUCAACUUUGCACCGAGGAGGCAGCCAGCUGGGUGCAACUGAAAAUAAUAGCUCCUUGGCUCUGUUUGUCUGUUGGGAAAGCCACUGCGCCGUGGCUUAGAAAGUUCUCUUCCCGUGGCUUCUCUGUCAAACCAAGGAGUGCUUCUGAAUGGAUUUCCUCUUAAAGGCAUCACUUGUGUUCUAAAAGUCAAGAAUUUGUGGUUUUUUUUUUUCUUUUCUUUUCAUUUCCUUAACCCCUGUUUUGGUUGCAGCAACAAGCUACAGAAUAAGAGUCAAGCCAGGAUCCAGGGCCAUGUGCCAGGCUUGGAGGCUACACAUGAGGCCAUUCCAGGCAGCCCUGUGGGUUAAGCUCAAGGCAUCAGUCAACAAUAAUUGCUAGAAACAGACCAAACAAAUAAAAGGGGAAGAAAAAACAGUACAGAUAAUUUUUCUUUUAAGCAUCCUGAUAAAAAAAAAAAAUAAGAGAACGAAGCAAAGAACCAACACCACCUAGACGCUGAGGGAGAAAAUGAAGCGAUUGCUACAAGAGUCAGAGGAAGAAAUUAUGGUCACCUUGGGGCCUUCAUCCAGGCUUUCACCAGAUAAGGUCAAGGCAGAGACUAUGUAUGGUGUCAUCAGUAAGUCCUCAGGCCCUGCUGGAUCCUUAUCAGAGGACAACUUACCCUCUUGCUAUGGGUCAGCAGCCUCAGCCACCAAUGGAGAUAAAGAUGGGGACCGACUUUGCAGCUUUGGGCAGCAGGCCAGUAGCCAUCUUCCUCUGGCCUCUGCUGCCUGUGUUUCAGGGUCUGGUUCUCAGGUCCCAUCAUCUGUCAGCAUUACCACAAGCUGUCAAGAGCCCUCAGAGAAGAAUGACACCAAGCCCCUUUUGUACAGAAGUCCUGGCCAAGGAUGCAGCCAUGACCAGCGAGAGCCUUUGGGGGAUGUAGUAGAAUAUAUCAUCAGAGAGCUGCAGGGCAUCAGCCGUCUUCAGUCUGAGAUUGCUGAGCUGCAGCAGCAUUUGAGCCAAGUCCAGGGUUCGGUGGAUGAAGUAUCUAGCUGUGUAGACUCGGUACUGAGUGAAAUAGAAGGCUUGCAUGUGAGCAGCAGCUCCCUGGCCAAAGUAUGUGAAGGGGGAAAGGCCCAGGAAACCCCUGUGGGAAGACCCAGUGAGGAAGCCAUUCUUUACCUGUAUGGACUUCCUGAACAAGAUGGGGAAAACACUAUGGAAUUAGUGGACAACUUUCUAACCAAGCACCUCUGUGUUAAUGGCAUGCAGUGCAGCAGGUACAUCAGAGAAGCCUACAGGGCCGGCACAGCUCCUGCUCCUAGGCCCACUGUCGUGAAACUUGUCCAUUUAGAACAUAGAGACUUCAUCUUGCAGAAAUCCCUCCUCUUGCAGAGUGUGGGGGUCAGGGUUGCCACAAGAGAAGAGCUAAGUUGGCCACAGGGCUGUAAGAGUCCCCAGAAGGAGCUCAUGUCAUGUUUGCAACAACUUCAAGAUCCUGGAUUAGAUUCAUUAAACCAGGAUAAACCAGCUCUUCAGAUGGAAACAGGGGCCAGAAGACUCAUGAUAGAACCAUACCAAAUGAGUGCUCCCAGUCAACAUGGAGAACACCAGACUUCUGAGCAACAAGGCCCUUGCUUCCCACCAAAGGAAAACUUAGCAAAACAGAGUCAUAUGUCUAAACCAGAGGAAUUAAAACAAACAUCGAGAACAUUCCAGAUAAUUUGUGACAGCUGUGGUGAACUGUCUCCUCUUCAUCAACUUGAAGAUCCUUCCUCAGUAUUAAAAUCAAAAGAGGAAGAUUGUGGGAAAUCUCAGAUUUUCAAACAGGGCAGCCAAGAACUUGAAGCAUGUAAAGGGGCAGAACUAGGAAAUGACCACAGCGAUGAAAGUAAGGCCAACAGCUGCCUGCCACUGUCGGUGUCACUGAAGGGGGAGAGGGUAAAUGCAGAGGAGGAGCCGCGGGGCUGGGAAGGUGGGCUUGCUAUUCUGAGCUCAGAGCAGCUAGAGGACCUUUUGGCAGACAAGUCCAAAAGGUUUGCAACCCUGAGCUCUGGCAGCAUGAUGGAGGAAAUGGUCCUAGGGCCCGAGUCUUUCAGUAACAUGGUUCAUAUUGACCUGAACGAAGGAGAGCAAUGUGCUGCACAGGUCCUUCAGGAUGUCUUGGACAAGUCUUGUGUUCUGGGUGGAUCACAGGAGGAUGAGGAUGUGGAAAUCAAGUUUUAUACAACUAAGCUGGGCCGAGCAAUUCACCACUUCCGUUCGGCUCUGCAGGGGGUGUUUCAGAAGCUGGAAAACAGUGAGUCCAUCAGUCCUGAGGACCUAGAAAGCAAUGAGAGCGGUUCCCAGUCAGAGAAUAGUGAUCGACUUCUUGGAACAGUGAGUUCUGGGGGUACUCAAGAUUUCUCCAUGGAGAGCCCUGGCAGUCAGGGGAGUGAGAGCUUGCUCAGUGUGGCCUCUGGUGGAGUGAGCCACUGUGUACAAGGUGACCAAACCCCUCAAGACCCAAGCAUCUUCUCUCUUGCCUCUAAUAACUCACCUCUUGUAUACUCACUGCCCAGUUUCCCUCUGGCCCCAUGUCUGGGAAGUGACACUUGUUCCAGACCUGCCUCUCCCAAUCAAGGCAAACUGAGUUUAGAGCAAGUGUGCGCAGAGACCAUUUACCUCAACAAGUGCAUCAACAAUUUUAAAAAUGUUCUAAGAGAAAAAAGACUGAGGCAGAAAAAACUUUUGCAUGAGCUAGUACAGAAGGCAAACCACCUUUCAGUUGAAGACACGCCCUCAGAAGGAAAACAAGAAGCCCUUCAGAUUCCAGAUGAUGGUGACCCUUCCCUGCCUCAGUGGCUCCCAGAAGGGCCAGCUGGGGGGCUCUAUGGCAUUGACAGCAUGCCAGAUCUACGCAGAAAGAAGCCGCUGCCACUUGUCAGUGAUCUGGCUAUGUCACUGGUCCAGUCCAGGAAGGCGGGGAUUACUUCUGCAAUGGCUACACGUACCUCUCUCAAGGAUGAAGAGCUGAAAUCCCAUGUGUAUAAAAAAACCCUGCAAGCCUUAAUCUACCCCAUCUCGUGUACCACACCCCACAACUUUGAGGUCUGGUCAGCCACUACCCCUACCUACUGCUAUGAAUGUGAAGGCCUGCUCUGGGGCAUUGCCCGGCAGGGCAUGCGCUGCAGUGAAUGUGGAGUCAAGUGCCAUGAGAAGUGCCAGGACCUGCUCAAUGCCGACUGUCUACAGCGGGCUGCAGAAAAGAGCUCUAAACACGGUGCUGAGGACCGGACACAGAACAUCAUCAUGGCCAUGAAGGACCGCAUGAAGAUCCGGGAGCGGAAUAAGCCUGAGAUUUUUGAAGUUAUCCGGGAUGUCUUCACAGUGAACAAAGUUGUCCAUGUGCAGCAGAUGAAAACAGUGAAGCAGAGUGUCCUGGAUGGCACUUCCAAAUGGUCAGCCAAAAUCACCAUCACUGUGGUGUGUGCCCAGGGCCUACAAGCCAAAGACAAGACAGGAUCCAGUGACCCUUAUGUGACUGUGCAAGUUGGGAAAACCAAGAAGCGUACCAAAACCAUUUUUGGAAAUUUGAAUCCUGUUUGGGAGGAGAAGUUCCAUUUUGAGUGCCACAACUCCUCUGACCGCAUUAAGGUACGAGUGUGGGAUGAGGACGAUGACAUCAAAUCCAGAGUGAAGCAGCGGCUAAAGCGAGAGUCCGAUGAUUUCCUUGGCCAAACCAUCAUUGAGGUUCGAACACUGAGUGGCGAGAUGGAUGUCUGGUACAAUCUAGAAAAGAGGACAGACAAGUCAGCUGUCUCCGGGGCUAUCAGACUACAAAUAAGUGUGGAGAUCAAGGGGGAGGAGAAGGUAGCCCCAUACCAUGUGCAAUAUACAUGCCUCCAUGAGAACCUUUUCCAUUUCCUCACUGACAUUCAGGGUGGUGGAGGAGUCUGUAUCCCUGAGGCUCGAGGAGAUGAUGCGUGGAAGGUGUACUUUGAUGAAACUGCUCAAGAAAUUGUGGAUGAAUUUGCCAUGCGCUAUGGUGUAGAGUCCAUCUAUCAGGCUAUGACGCAUUUUGCAUGUUUGUCAUCCAAAUACAUGUGUCCUGGUGUGCCAGCUGUGAUGAGUACUUUACUGGCCAACAUCAAUGCCUACUAUGCCCACACAACUGCCUCUACCAAUGUCUCUGCAUCUGAUCGUUUUGCAGCCUCAAACUUUGGGAAAGAGAAAUUUGUAAAACUACUAGACCAGCUACACAACUCAUUGAGGAUCGACCUCUCUACAUACAGGAAUAACUUCCCUGCUGGAAGCCCUGAGCGACUUCAGGAUUUAAAGUCCACAGUGGAUUUGCUGACCAGCAUUACUUUCUUCAGAAUGAAGGUGCAAGAACUACAGAGUCCUCCAAGAGCCAGCCAGGUGGUAAAGGAUUGUGUGAAGGCUUGUUUGAAUUCUACAUAUGAAUAUAUAUUCAACAACUGCCAUGAUCUGUAUAGCCACCAGUACCAGCUGAAGCAGGAACUACCUCCAGAGGAACAAGGGCCCAGCAUUCGGAACCUGGAUUUCUGGCCCAAACUUAUCACGCUCAUUGUGUCGAUCAUAGAGGAAGAUAAGAAUUCCUACACACCUGUUCUGAACCAGUUUCCUCAGGAGUUGAAUGUGGGGAAAGUGAGUGCAGAAGUGAUGUGGCAUCUGUUUGCUCAAGACAUGAAAUAUGCAUUGGAGGAACAUGAGAAAGACCGGCUGUGUAAGAGUGCUGACUACAUGAACCUGCACUUCAAGGUCAAGUGGCUCCACAAUGAAUAUGUUCGGGAUCUGCCUGCCCUCCAGGGGCAGGUGCCUGAGUACCCAGCGUGGUUUGAGCAAUUUGUGCUACAGUGGUUGGAUGAGAAUGAAGAUGUGUCUUUGGAAUUCCUGCGUGGGGCCCUGGAACGAGAUAAGAAGGAUGGGUUCCAGCAGACAUCGGAGCAUGCGCUCUUUUCCUGCUCUGUGGUGGACGUCUUCACACAGCUCAAUCAAAGCUUUGAAAUCAUCCGGAAGUUGGAAUGCCCAGACCCUAGCAUCCUUGCCCACUAUAUGAGGAGAUUUGCUAAGACCAUCGGGAAAGUGCUGAUGCAGUAUGCAGACAUCUUAUCAAAGAAUUUCCCAGCUUAUUGCACAAAGGAGAAACUGCCCUGCAUCCUGAUGAACAACAUGCAACAGCUGCGGGUCCAGCUAGAGAAAAUGUUUGAAGCCAUGGGAGGCAAGGAGCUGGACUCUGAAGCAGCAGACAGUCUGAAGGAGCUACAGGUGAAACUAAAUACAGUUUUGGAUGAGCUCAGCAUGGUAUUUGGAAACAGUUUCCAGGUGCAGAUUGAUGAGUGUGUUCGACAAAUGGCCGACAUCCUGGGCCAAGUUCGGGGUACAGGGAAUGCAUCCCCCAGCGCCAGGGCCUCAGUGGCUCAGGAUGCAGACAGUGUGCUACGACCACUCAUGGACUUCCUGGAUGGCAACCUCACACUCUUCGCCACCGUGUGUGAGAAGACGGUUCUGAAGCGAGUCCUGAAGGAGCUCUGGAGAGUAGUCAUGAACACCAUGGAACGGAUGAUUGUCUUGCCCCCUCUUACAGACCAAACAGGCACCCCGCUGAUCUUCACCGCUGCCAAGGAGCUGAGCCAGCUUUCCAAACUCAAGGACCACAUGGUGCGAGAAGAAACACGCAAUCUUACUCCAAAGCAGUGUGCUGUCCUAGACCUGGCCCUGGACACCAUCAAGCAAUACUUCCAUGCAGGAGGCAAUGGGCUAAAGAAAACCUUCCUGGAAAAGAGCCCAGAUCUGCAGUCCCUGCGCUAUGCCCUAUCUCUGUACACACAGACCACAGACACUCUCAUCAAGACCUUUGUGCGUUCACAGACCGCCCAGGUGCAUGAUGGGAAAGGUGUUAGGUUUACUGCUAAUGAGGACAUUCGGCCAGAAAAGGGGCCUGGCGUGGAUGAUCCUGUGGGAGAAGUCUCUAUUCAAGUAGACCUGUUCACACAUCCUGGCACUGGGGAGCACAAGGUCACAGUGAAGGUGGUAGCUGCCAAUGACCUCAAGUGGCAAGCAGCGGGAAUGUUCCGGCCUUUUGUGGAAGUGACCAUGGUUGGCCCACAACAAAGUGAUAAGAAGAGGAAGUUCACAACCAAAUCCAAAAGCAACAACUGGGCCCCCAAGUACAAUGAGACAUUCCACUUCCUCCUGGGAAAUGAAGAGGGCCCAGAGGCCUAUGAGUUGCAGAUAUGCGUGAAGGAUUACUGCUUUGCCCGGGAGGAUCGUGUGAUAGGACUGGCAGUGAUGCCCUUGAGGGAUGUGACAGCCAAAGGCAGCUGUGCCUGCUGGUGCCCCUUGGGCCGGAAGAUCCACAUGGAUGAGACAGGCAUGACCAUUCUCCGGAUUCUGUCUCAGAGAAGCAAUGACGAGGUGGCCCGAGAGUUUGUGAAACUCAAAUCGGAAUCUCGUUCCACUGAGGAGGGGAGUUGAAAAGCUCUGGCUGAUGUGCCAGCCAGGUGGUACCAACUGCAUAAAUCUGAAGCAGUGAGAGUUAGCUGCAUAGCCUGCUUGGAGUUCUUGUAAUUAAGAGGUUGACUCCUUCAGCUAAGGAUGCAUAAGGAAACUUAGAGUAGUGAGAGUAUGGCUUUUCAGAGAAAGGAUCAUGAGUCCCUGACCAGCAAGUCUAUGGUGCUAGGAGCUAUGGGAGAUGUUUCCAUAAAUAGCAAGGGAUAGAUAUUUCUGAGCUAUUCUUAGUAGGCAUCCCUCCAGUCCACUUCCCACUUCUACCCUUCUCUAAACCACUCUGUUCAGUUAGACCCUUACAUGUCAGUGAUGAGGACAGCAAGUUUAGAAGGCCUGAGCUUAUGUGUCUGACUGGUGUGUAGGAAUUCCUGAGCCCUGUGGUCUAGAUCGGAGAUUGACUGGAGCAGGAGCACACAGAGUAGAAUUUGCUGUCUCUUGAGCUGAAAAACUGGUUUUGUGUGGCUCCAGCAAGAGAAACUGAACAGAUACUUUCUAGAAAUGAGCUGUGCUACUUUCUUCCCUCACAGUAUCCAUCAUGAGUCAAAGCAGGUUCACAUGGUGCUUCAGAGCCCUGAGCAUUAUAUUUCUUUGGAACCCAAGGCCUUGACUGCCCAGAGACAACCCCCUUAUCUUACUCCUAUAGGCAGGGGAGUUAUGCUUAGAAUACAAGAGACUGUUCUUGUAUUUAUAGACUUACAUGUAUUGAUUAGCACUAGCUGAAGGAUCCAAAGGUAUCUUCUUGGGUAGGCCCUGAACAAAGCCUGAACAAAAUUGUGGAAACAAGUCUCAAAAAGAGUGGUCCUCACCAGUGGCCACUACCUUCUGGCUGUUCUUGAAGAAAGCAUAUAGCCCUUUGGCCUCUCUUCUUGUCUUUGGGAUCAGCUGCUGUUUCUGUUAGGCAGUCAAUCAUACAGAAGGAGCUUGGACUCUCAACCCAUGGUAUAGGGAUGGAUGAGGACCUCAGCACUUCCUGGGAGGUCAGGGACUAAAUUUCAGCAGGUCUGAUGGACUUCCCAGGCCCUUGCUCAGAAAUGUGACAUGUUCCAUGGAUUUCCUCAAUAGUAGCCUCCUGAACUUCCUGAGGACCCUGCAUUGUCUGCAACUUACUGGCCAAUAUAUGAAACAGGAAGGCAAGUGUCUUUGCUGUUUUAAAUUAUUGUAUGUGCCAUUGUUACAGAGAAUUAUAGACUAGUCUGUAAUAAAUUAUGUUCUAGCA